CUCCAUUGCUCGCUCGCUCGCUCUUCUCCAGCAGCAGCUCCUUCAAAUGCAAAUCUCUUUGCUGCCGACGCAGAGACUCGCCAAAUUUCCCUCCCUCCUCCUAGCCUUCUCGUCGCUCCUGUUCUUCUCGCAUCCCCAGCCCAGGUGGUGUCCCCUGUCGCGUUGAUGCAUGCUCCCUCGGCGGUGGCCUUGAGCUGAGGCGGCGGAGCGAUGCCGGACUCGGACAACGACUCCGGCGGGCCGAGCAACGCCGGGGGCGAGCUGUCGUCGCCGCGGGAGCAGGACCGGUUCCUGCCCAUCGCCAACGUGAGCCGGAUCAUGAAGAAGGCGCUCCCGGCCAACGCCAAGAUCAGCAAGGACGCCAAGGAGACGGUGCAGGAGUGCGUGUCCGAGUUCAUCUCCUUCAUCACCGGCGAGGCCUCCGACAAGUGCCAGCGCGAGAAGCGCAAGACCAUCAACGGCGACGACCUGCUGUGGGCCAUGACCACGCUCGGCUUCGAGGACUACGUCGAGCCGCUCAAGCACUACCUGCACAAGUUCCGCGAGAUCGAGGGCGAGAGGGCCGCCGCGUCCGCCGGCGCCUCGGGCUCGCAGCAGCAGCAGCAGCAGGGCGAGCUGCCCAGAGGCGCCGCCAAUGCCGCCGGGUACGCCGGGUACGGCGCGCCUGGCUCCGGCGGCAUGAUGAUGAUGAUGAUGGGGCAGCCCAUGUACGGCGGCUCGCAGCCGCAGCAACAGCCGCCGCCGCCUCAGCCGCCACAGCAGCAGCAGCAACAUCAACAGCAUCACAUGGCAAUAGGAGGCAGAGGAGGAUUCGGCCAACAAGGCGGCGGCGGCGGCUCCUCGUCGUCGUCAGGGCUUGGCCGGCAAGACAGGGCGUGAGUUGCGACGAUACGUUCAGAAUCAGAAUCGCUGAUACUCCUACGUAGAAUUAUACCUCCUACCUAAUUGAUGACACCGCACCGCACCUCGUUGUGCUGCCUGUCCUUGUACGUUUA